CGCCAGGAGCGGGUCAUGUUUGACAAGAUCACAUCGCGCAUCCAGAAGCUCUGCUACGGGCUCAACGCUGACUUCGUUGAUCCUGCCCAGAUCACCAUGAAAGUGAUUCAGGGACUCUACAGUGGUGUCACCACAGUGGAACUGGAUACGUUGGCUGCCGAAACGGCUGCAACCCUGACCACCAAACACCCCGACUAUGCCAUCCUGGCAGCAAGGAUUGCAGUGUCCAACCUGCACAAGGAAACCAAGAAGGUGUUCAGUGAUGUGAUGGAUGAUCUCUACAACUACAUAAACCCUCACAACGGGAAGCACUCGCCAAUGAUCUCCAAAGAAACUCUCGACAUAGUCUUGGCCAACAAAGAUCGCCUGAAUUCUGCCAUUAUCUACGAUAGAGACUUCUCCUACAACUACUUUGGGUUUAAGACUCUAGAACGUUCCUACUUGCUGAAAAUCAACUCAAAAGUUGCUGAGCGUCCUCAACACAUGCUGAUGAGGGUGUCAGUGGGGAUCCACAAGAAUGACAUAGAGGCUGCAAUAGAAACAUACAACCUGCUCUCUGAGAGGUGGUUCACUCAUGCCUCCCCCACGCUGUUCAACGCGGGCACCAACCGGCCCCAGCUUUCCAGUUGUUUCCUGCUGUGCAUGAAGGAUGACAGCAUUGAGGGGAUCUACGACACUCUGAAGCAGUGUGCCCUGAUCUCGAAGUCUGCUGGUGGGAUUGGCCUUGCUGUCAGCUGUAUCCGAGCCACGGGCAGCUACAUUGCUGGGACAAAUGGGAAUUCCAACGGGCUUGUUCCAAUGCUGAGGGUCUACAACAACACUGCUCGCUACGUGGAUCAAGGAGGAAAUAAGAGACCUGGGGCUUUUGCCAUCUACCUGGAGCCCUGGCAUUUGGACAUCUUUGAGUUUCUUGACUUGAAGAAGAACACUGGGAAGGAAGAACAACGAGCCAGAGACCUUUUCUUUGCCCUCUGGAUUCCUGAUCUCUUCAUGAAGCGAGUUGAAACCAACCAGGACUGGUCCUUAAUGUGUCCAAAUGAGUGUCCUGGCCUCGAUGAGGUUUGGGGAGAGGAGUUUGAGAAGCUGUAUGAGAGCUAUGAGCAGCAGGGCCGUGUGCGCAGGGUGGUGAAGGCCCAGCAGCUCUGGUAUGCUAUCAUCGAGUCACAGACCGAGACCGGCACACCGUACAUGCUCUACAAAGACUCCUGCAACAGGAAGAGCAACCAGCAGAACCUGGGCACCAUCAAAUGCAGCAACCUGUGUACAGAAAUUGUGGAGUAUACCAGCAAAGAGGAGGUUGCAGUCUGUAACUUGGCCUCCAUAGCCCUGAACAUGUACGUCACUCCCGAGCACACGUAUGAUUUCAAGAAGCUCGCUGAAGUGACCCAAGCGAUCGUCCGAAACCUGAACAAAAUCAUUGAUAUCAACUACUACCCCGUGCCAGAGGCGGAGCGCUCCAACAGGCGCCACCGUCCCAUCGGCAUUGGGGUGCAGGGCCUGGCAGAUGCCUUCAUCCUCAUGAGGUUCCCCUUUGAGAGUCCCGAGGCGCAGCGCUUGAACCAGCAGAUCUUUGAGACCAUCUAUUACGGUGCUUUGGAAGCCAGCUGUGAGCUUGCCAAGGAGCAAGGACCCUAUGAGACAUAUGAGGGUUCUCCUGUCAGCAAAGGAAUUCUUCAGUAUGACAUGUGGAAUGUCACCCCCUCAGAUCUUUGGGACUGGAAGGCUUUAAAGGAGAAGAUUGCCAAAUAUGGUGUCAGAAACAGCCUUCUCCUUUCUCCAAUGCCAACUGCUUCCACUGCUCAGAUCCUGGGCAACAACGAAUCCAUCGAGCCCUACACCAGUAACAUCUACACACGCAGAGUCCUCUCAGGAGAGUUCCAGGUUGUGAAUCCACACUUGCUGAAGGAUCUCACGGAGAGGGGCCUGUGGAAUGAGGAGAUGAAGAACCAAAUCAUUGCCCACAAUGGCUCUAUCCAGAACAUCCCUGAGAUUCCGGAUGACUUGAAGCAGCUCUACAAGACCGUGUGGGAGAUCUCCCAGAAAACUAUCCUCAAGAUGGCAGCAGACAGAGGAGCUUUCAUCGAUCAGAGCCAGUCCCUCAACAUCCACAUUGCAGAGCCCAACUAUGGCAAGCUCACCAGCAUGCACUUCUAUGGCUGGAAGCAGGGCCUGAAGACAGGCAUGUACUACCUGAGGACAAAGCCAGCUGCUAACCCCAUCCAGUUCACCCUCAACAAAGAGAAGCUCCGAGAGCGGGAGAAGGCUUCCAGGGAAGAGGAAGAGAAGGAGAGGAAUAAAGCAGCCAUGGUGUGCUCCCUGGAGAACCGGGACGAGUGUCUGAUGUGUGGCUCCUAACGGAUCCACCCUGCCCUGCCAGCACAGCCCUUCCCCCC